AUGGAUCUUGGCUUUCUCAGCUUCGCAGGGUUCAAGAGCAAAAAGGUUGAGCCAGACCUUGCGCAACCAGCAAAGAGACCCAAACUGGUGCCGUCGUGGCUAAUAGAAGGUGCUGCUGUUCAUGUUCGCCGGGGGGUUGCAGAUGUCACGGGAACAAUCCUUGAAAUCAAGGGCGACCUUUGCAGGGUGCGGACGUUGCAGCCAGCACCCCAAGGGUCAGAUCUUGGAACAGAAGAGCGGGAAGAGAUGCUCCCAUUGCCCGCCAUUCUUCCGGUAGCGCCGGAGAUUGGGAGGAGCGUUAAGGUCGUCGCCGGUGACCGAACUGGCAUCAUAGGAAAGCUCGUCGGACUUGCUGGCACAGAAGCCGUUGUACAGAUUGGAGGGAUGUGCUACGAAACUCUGCCAAUGACACAGAUCGCGGUCGUAUCCAACUGA